AUGCCAUUGACAAGCUGCAGGAUGGUGCCCGUGGCCAGGCUGCUGUCGCUGCUCCUCACCUUCUUCCUCUGCGCCUGUGCUGAGACACCUCCCAGGUUUACAAGAACUCCAGUUGAUCAGACAGGGGUCUCUGGCGGAGUUGCGUCUUUCAUUUGUCAAGCUACAGGGGACCCAAGACCUAAAAUUGUCUGGAACAAAAAAGGAAAGAAAGUCAGCAACCAGAGAUUUGAGGUAAUAGAAUUUGAUGAUGGAUCUGGAUCAGUUCUCAGAAUACAGCCCUUAAGGACUCCACGGGAUGAGGCCAUUUAUGAAUGUGUGGCCUCGAAUAAUGUGGGAGAAAUAAGUGUGUCCACCAGACUCACAGUUUUACGUGAGGAUCAGAUUCCUAGGGGUUUCCCUACCAUUGACAUGGGCCCACAGUUGAAGGUGGUGGAACGUACUCGAACUGCCACCAUGCUGUGCGCAGCCAGCGGUAAUCCGGAUCCAGAAAUCACUUGGUUUAAAGAUUUUUUACCAGUUGACACAAGCAACAACAAUGGUCGUAUUAAGCAGUUACGAUCAGAAUCCAUUGGAGCCCUGCAGAUCGAACAGAGUGAAGAAUCUGACCAAGGAAAAUAUGAGUGUGUUGCCACCAACAGCGCGGGCACUCGCUACUCUGCCCCUGCCAAUUUAUAUGUCAGAGAGCUGCGAGAAGUUCGCCGUGUUCCACCAAGAUUCUCUAUCCCACCCACUAAUCAUGAAAUAAUGCCAGGUGGAAGUGUUAAUAUCACCUGUGUGGCAGUGGGGUCACCAAUGCCUUAUGUGAAGUGGAUGUUGGGGGCAGAAGACCUGACACCUGAAGAUGAUAUGCCAAUAGGAAGAAAUGUCCUAGAACUGAAUGAUGUAAGACAGUCAGCAAAUUACACCUGUGUUGCUAUGUCAACACUCGGCGUUAUUGAAGCAAUAGCACAGAUCACUGUCAAAGCCUUACCCAAGCCUCCAGGAACUCCAGUAGUGACCGAAAGCACAGCUACAAGCAUCACACUGACAUGGGACUCUGGGAACCCUGAGCCUGUCUCUUAUUACAUCAUUCAACAUAAGCCUAAAAAUUCUGAAGAACCAUACAAGGAAAUUGAUGGGAUAGCAACUACACGCUACAGUGUUGCUGGACUAAGCCCCUACUCGGAUUAUGAAUUUAGAGUUGUUGCUGUCAAUAACAUUGGUCGAGGUCCACCAAGUGAACCUGUAUUAACACAGACCUCAGAACAAGCACCAUCCAGUGCCCCACGGGAUGUCCAGGCACGCAUGUUGAGCUCAACCACCAUUUUGGUACAGUGGAAGGAACCUGAAGAGCCAAAUGGGCAGAUUCAAGGAUAUAGAGUUUAUUACACAAUGGACCCCACACAGCAUGUCAACAACUGGAUGAAACACAAUGUAGCUGAUAGCCAAAUCACUACUAUUGGCAAUUUAGUACCCCAAAAAACAUACUCUGUCAAAGUCCUGGCUUUUACCUCAAUUGGAGAUGGCCCUCUUUCAAGUGACAUACAAGUCAUCACUCAGACAGGAGUACCAGGGCAGCCACUAAACUUCAAAGCAGAACCUGAAUCUGAAACAAGUAUUUUGCUGUCUUGGACACCUCCACGUUCAGAUACCAUUGCCAGCUAUGAACUGGUCUACAGAGAUGGAGAGCAGGGAGAAGAGCAGCGAAUCACCAUUGAGCCAGGCACAUCUUACAGGCUGCAAGGGCUGAAACCAAACAGCCUCUACUACUUCCGUCUGUCUGCACGCUCUCCUCAAGGCCUGGGUGCUUCUACAGCUGAAAUAUCAGCUAGAACCAUGCAAUCAAUGUUUGCAAAAAAUUUUCAUGUCAAAGCAGUUAUGAAGACAUCAGUGCUGCUGUCUUGGGAGAUUCCAGAGAAUUAUAAUUCUGCUAUGCCUUUCAAAAUUCUUUAUGAUGAUGGAAAAAUGGUAGAAGAAGUAGAUGGCCGAGCUACCCAGAAGUUAAUUGUUAACCUCAAGCCUGAGAAAUCAUAUUCCUUUGUGCUAACCAAUCGUGGGAACAGUGCUGGUGGAUUACAGCAUAGGGUAACUGCAAAGACUGCUCCAGAUUUACUCCGUACCAAGCCUGCCUUCAUUGGGAAGACCAACUUGGAUGGCAUGAUUACUGUACAAUUGCCUGAUGUUCCUGCAAAUGAAAACAUAAAGGGUUAUUACAUUAUAAUUGUGCCUUUGAAGAAGUCUCGUGGGAAAUUCAUCAAGCCAUGGGAGAGCCCUGAUGAAAUGGAGUUAGACGAGCUGCUUAAGGAAAUAUCUAGGAAGCGCAGAAGCAUCCGUUAUGGGAGAGAAGUUGAAUUAAAGCCAUAUAUUGCUGCUCACUUUGAUGUCCUGCCCACUGAGUUCACCCUGGGGGAUGACAAACAUUAUGGUGGAUUUACAAACAAGCAGCUCCAAAGUGGACAAGAAUAUGUUUUCUUUGUGUUAGCAGUGAUGGACCAUGCAGAGUCUAAGAUGUAUGCAACCAGCCCAUACUCCGACCCUGUUGUGUCAAUGGAUCUGGAUCCACAGCCAAUCACAGAUGAAGAGGAAGGCUUGAUAUGGGUCGUAGGUCCUGUCCUUGCUGUGGUCUUUAUCAUCUGUAUUGUGAUUGCUAUUCUUCUGUAUAAAAGGAAGAGGGCAGAGUCGGAGUCCAGAAAGAGCAGCUUACCAAACAAUAAGGAGGUCCCUUCACAUCACCCAACAGACCCAGUAGAGCUGAGGCGCCUUAACUUUCAAACACCAGGUUCAGAUGAUUCCGGUUACCCUGGUAACCUUCAUUUUUCAUCUAUGGCUAGCCAUCCUCCAAUACCUAUCUUGGAACUUGCAGAUCAUAUUGAGAGGUUGAAAGCAAAUGACAACCUGAAGUUUUCCCAGGAAUAUGAGUCAAUUGACCCUGGCCAGCAAUUCACAUGGGAACACUCAAACUUGGAAGUAAACAAACCAAAGAACAGAUAUGCAAAUGUCAUUGCAUAUGAUCACUCUAGGGUUCUCUUAUCAGCAAUAGAAGGUAUUCCAGGAAGCGACUAUGUAAAUGCCAACUACAUAGAUGGCUAUAGGAAACAAAAUGCCUAUAUUGCAACACAGGGAUCUCUUCCUGAGACAUUUGGAGACUUUUGGAGAAUGAUAUGGGAGCAACGGAGUGCCACAGUUGUCAUGAUGACAAAGCUAGAAGAAAGAUCAAGGGUGAAGUGUGACCAGUAUUGGCCCACCAGAGGCACUGAAACUCAUGGGCUGGUCCAGGUGACGCUGUUGGAUACUGUGGAGCUUGCCACGUACUGUGUCAGGACCUUUGCACUCUAUAAGAAUGGUUCAAGUGAGAAGAGGGAAGUGAGACAAUUCCAGUUCACCGCCUGGCCUGAUCAUGGUGUUCCAGAGCACCCCACGCCAUUCCUAGCUUUCUUACGAAGAGUCAAAACCUGUAACCCUCCUGAUGCAGGGCCAAUGGUCGUGCACUGCAGUGCGGGUGUUGGCCGGACUGGCUGUUUCAUUGUAAUAGAUGCCAUGUUAGAAAGAAUAAAGCAUGAAAAAACUGUAGAUAUUUAUGGCCAUGUAACUUUAAUGAGAGCCCAGAGGAAUUACAUGGUGCAAACAGAGGACCAGUACAUCUUUAUCCACGAUGCGCUGUUAGAAGCAGUGACAUGUGGAAAUACCGAAGUGCCGGCUAGAAACUUGUAUGCCUACAUUCAGAAGCUGACACAAAUAGAAACAGGGGAGAAUGUCACCGGAAUGGAGCUCGAAUUUAAGCGUCUAGCCAGCUCAAAAGCUCACACCUCAAGAUUCAUCAGUGCCAAUCUUCCAUGUAAUAAAUUCAAAAACCGCCUUGUUAAUAUUAUGCCAUAUGAAUCCACAAGGGUGUGCCUGCAACCUAUCCGAGGAGUAGAAGGCUCCGAUUACAUCAAUGCCAGUUUUCUUGAUGGAUACAGACAACAGAAAGCCUACAUUGCUACCCAGGGGCCCUUAGCAGAGACGACUGAAGACUUCUGGCGCAUGCUUUGGGAACACAAUUCUACCAUUGUUGUGAUGCUCACCAAGCUGAGAGAAAUGGGCAGAGAGAAAUGUCAUCAGUACUGGCCAGCAGAACGAUCUGCAAGAUACCAGUAUUUUGUUGUGGAUCCAAUGGCUGAGUACAACAUGCCUCAGUAUAUCCUGAGGGAAUUCAAGGUCACAGAUGCCAGGGACGGCCAGUCCCGAACAGUGAGGCAGUUCCAGUUCACUGACUGGCCAGAACAAGGAGUGCCAAAGUCUGGAGAAGGAUUUAUUGACUUCAUCGGCCAAGUCCAUAAAACAAAGGAGCAGUUUGGCCAAGAUGGACCCAUUUCGGUGCAUUGCAGUGCUGGCGUUGGAAGAACUGGAGUCUUUAUAACACUGAGUAUUGUUUUGGAAAGAAUGAGAUAUGAAGGGGUUGUAGAUAUCUUCCAGACAGUCAAAAUGUUAAGAACACAGCGACCAGCCAUGGUACAAACAGAGGAUCAAUACCAGUUCUGCUAUCGAGCCGCACUAGAAUACCUGGGCAGCUUUGAUCACUAUGCAACGUAGAAACCCCUGCCCCCUUCCGGAUUUUUACUACAGGCCCUUCGCUAUCCAUGGAGUCUCUUCUGAGCCAUACAGGGCACUUGAGAAGUCCUUCUUAACUUCUAGCUAACAGCCACUUAGUGGGACUAUUACAAAACAAAAACAAAAACAAACUCUUCCAAGUGGACCAAGAAUUCACAGUUUAAUCAUCUAACCUGAAAAAUAAUAACAAGAACUCUGACUUUGGAGGCAUCUGAAGGAUUUUAUUUGCAGAUACCUCAAGGAUUCAAAAUAAAGGGAAGAAGAAAUGACAGCAAAGAACUACCAUCUUGUUCAAGAUCGCUUGGUAGGGACAGAGAGAGCUUGCCUGUGGGCCUCAGUUCAGCACAAAGCGUUUGCUGGUGUGGCUUCUCACUAUAAGGUGGACUCUGCUUCAACAUCGCACCUUUCCCCAUGCCACUCAUACUUAACAUUUUAGGGGUAAGGGUGGAGAUGUUUAAAAAGAAAGCCCUUGAUUUCAUUUUAGUAUUGUAAAAGAUUCUGCUGACCUGUGCUUCAUUUCUAACUGUGUAAACUUUUUUUAAAAAAAAAAACAAAAAAACAAAUGUAUCAUUCGAUAAGGUAAAUUUACAAAGUUAUGUAAUUCUUCAUUUUUUAUUUCUGAACUGUAGGGU